ACGAAGCGUUGCGCUUGACAACCGAAGGGGCUGGGUAGCAGGCUACUUACUACCAGCAGCAGAAAUCGAUCCGAGAAGACAACAGAAAGGGAGAGAGAAACAACAAAAGAGACUGACGAACAAAACAAAACAGAAUCGCUCUGACAGCUACGAUUUUCAACAACAGAAACAAAUCUAAGGAGCGUGUUUUCAGCCCAUGUAUUUUUAGACCAAGCCCGUCGUCACCAUGACAGCGGAGGAGAUCAUCAAUGUGAAGGAGGUGGAGAUCAUCAAGGUGAUCCUAGACUUCCUCAACUCCAGGAAGCUCCAUAUUAGCAUGCUGGCCCUGGAGAAGGAGAGUGGAGUCAUCAACGGACUCUACUCUGACGACAUGCUCUUCCUCAGGCAACUGGUGCUAGAUGGGCAGUGGGACGAGGUGCUUCAGUUUAUUCAGCCGCUGGAGUGCAUGGACAAGUUUGACAGGAAGAGGUUCCGUUACAUCGUCCUGAAGCAGAAGUUUCUAGAGGCCCUGUGUGUGAACAACGCCAUGUCUGCUGAGGACGAGCCACAGCAUCUCGAGUUCACCAUGCAGGAGGCGGUGAAGUGUCUUCAUGCCCUGGAGGAGUUCUGUCCGUCUAAAGACGACUACAGCAAGCUAUGUCUGCUCCUCACUCUGCCUCGUCUCACCAACCACGCUGACUUCAAGGACUGGAACCCCAGCACGGCGCGGGUGCACUGUUUUGAGGAGGCGUGCACCAUGGUGGCAGAGUUCAUCCCUGCAGACAGGAAGCUGAGUGAGGCGGGGUUCAGGGCCUCAGGGAACCGCCUCUUCCAGCUCCUCAUUAAAGGAAUUCUCUAUGAGUGCUGCGUAGAGUUCUGUCAGAGCAAGGCGACAGGCGAGGAGAUCACGGAGGGCGAGGUGCUCCUAGGGGUGGACAUGCUGUGUGGGAACGGCUGUGACGACCUGGACCUGUCCUUACUGUCCUGGAUGCAGAACCUGUCCCACAGCGUCUUCUCCUGCGCCUUCGAGCAGAAGUUGCUUCAGAUCCACGUGGACCGCCUGGUCAAGCCUGCCAAGGCCAGCUACGCAGACCUCCUCACCCCUCUCAUCAGCAAACUAUCCCCCUACCCCUCCUCGCCCCUCCGCCGCCCCCAGUCCGCAGACACCUACAUGUCCCGGUCUCUGAACCCGGCCCUGGAUGGCCUGUCAUAUGGGCUGUCUGGCCAGGAGAAGGGGGGCCCAGGGGGGGACACGGCAGGGAGGAAGGGGAUGUCCCCCAUGUCUCAUUCCUUCGCUAACUUCCACACGGGGGGUCAGAGUCUGAGCAGGAGUCUGAUGCUGGACAGCUAUGACUGCCACAGCAUCUUUGAGGAGUCUCCUGAGAGCUCCAGGACGGACACGCCCGUGGAUAAGAUGAUGAGUUCAGGCACCCUGCGCCCCGACUCCGCCCCCGGAGAGGACGCCCCGUCACCAGGCUCUGCAGAGAGGAACGAGUUGCGUGACUCGACAGAGAAGUUUGAGGAGUUCUACCGCCAGCGUUUGAGGGUCCAGCAGCACCUGGAACAGAAGCAGCAGCAGAGACAACUCUACCAGCAGAUGCUGCUGGAGGGAGGGGUACAACACAGUGACCAGCCAGCCCCCGGGACAGACGCCAUGCAGCACAGCCUCACUGAGAAGUUCCUCAACAGGUCUAUUCAGAAGCUGGAGGAGUUGAACGUAGGGAUGGAGAGUCUAGGUGAGGAGGUCCAGUCUCUGUCCCAGCAGUGUAACGGCACGGGCCCCACCCCGGAGAACAACAACGGUGACCCCGCAGGCCUGACCCCUGACCCCACUGUGACCCUGACCCCCGAGCAGGGCCGCCCUCAGGGAGGAGGGGUGGUCAGCAGCACCCCACAACGCACCGCAGGGGGACGGGAGGUGCCCCCACCUAAUGAAUCCCCCGUGGUCUCCCAGAGUCCCCAGAAAGUAGCUGGACAGACCUCUGGAUUAGAUGACUCACCAGGAGCCCUCACCCGGAGUAAAGAGGGGGACAAGCCCAAGCCCCUGUUUGUAGCUGUGAAUACCCUGGAAGACACUCAGGCAGUGCGCGCUGUAGCCUUCCACCCCACGGGAGCACUAUACGCUGUGGGCUCCAACUCUAAGACGCUACGCGUGUGUGCCUACCCAAACGCACCACUGGACACCAGUGGGGUAUCAGGUAUGACCAAGCAGCCGGAGGUUUGUUUUAAGAGGAAUAAGCACCAUAAGGGUUCUAUCUACUGUGUGGCCUGGAGUCACUGUGGACAGCUGCUAGCCACCGGCUCCAACGACAAAUAUGUCAAAGUCCUGCCCUUUAGCUCAGAGACCUGCAACGCCACAGGUCCAGACCUGGAGUUCAGUAUGCACGACGGUACCAUCAGAGACCUGGCGUUCAUGGAGGGACCAGAGAGUGGAGGGGCCAUUCUGAUCAGUGCCGGAGCCGGAGACUGUAACAUCUACACCACUGACUGUCAGAGAGGACAGGGCCUACACGCUCUCAGUGGACACACAGGUCAUAUCCUGUCUCUGUAUACGUGGGGAGGGUGGAUGAUAGCGUCAGGCUCUCAGGACAAGACUGUGAGGUUCUGGGACCUGAGAGUACCGAGCUGCGUUAGAGUGGUGGGCACUGCCUUUCAUGGAUCAGGCAGUCCUGUUGCCUCGGUAGUGGUGGACCCUAGCGGUCGUCUCCUAGCGACGGGCCAGGAGGACAGCGGCUGUAUGCUUUAUGACAUUAGAGGGGGACGCAUGGUGCAGACGUACCGGCCCCACUCCAGUGAUGUGCGCUCCGUUAGGUUCUCCCCCGGGGCACACUACCUGCUCACUGGUUCCUACGACACUAAAGUCAUGAUCAGCAACCUGCAAGGUGACUUGACGAAGCCGUUGCCCCUGACUCUGGUAGGGGAGCACGGUGACAAGGUGAUCCAGUGCAGGUGGCACACACACGACCUGUCCUUUCUCUCCUCCUCCGCUGACCGUACCGUCACACUCUGGACACACAACCCCUAGUACCCACGCACUCUACACUCCCUCACCACUUGCAACCAACAGGACGGUUUAUCCCUCUGGAGUGAAGUCCGAGUGGUUGUAUCUUUUAGACGUUUUAAGGUUUGAUUUCAUGUCAUGCUCGGCUCCCCUCACUGCUUCUGGGAACAACUCACUCUGGCAAAUGCAUCCUGUACUCAGUGGUUCAACAGGUGUGUCUGGGGGGAUGGGGUACAAUGGGGUACGUGCCCCACCUGGAGAUGUUUCGCUACGGUGCCUUGAGUUAUCCAGUUUCCACAAGAAAGCUUUAUCAAUACAGAAACCCACGUGGGUCCUCUCCAUUUCGGGGUCAAAGUUGAACUUAUCUGUGACAUCGUUCCAGAAACAAAAUGUACAUUCCUCAUUAGUUUGCACAGUCAUCAGUGUGCUUUUUACAGCUUGUUACCAUGCUGCUAUUAUUUGAGAAGAAACCAAUGUUGUGAUCUAAACUGCUGACUGUGUGUGUGGUUCAUUGCAUCAGUGUGGGAUAUCAACUAUCGAGUUGAAUCUGUUGCUUCGAUCAACCAGCUAUAGAUUGAUUAGCUGUUGUCAAUACUACUAGUAUACCCCUAAUGUGGAACUUUCCCAUGUCUAACACUACUGUGCAAGUUUGCCUAUCGCGUCACUGGCUUUGUAAAAAAAUGCUGUCUUCAGGCAGAUGUUUCUUGCAUUGGCUAGCUAUCAAAUGGAAAAAUAAAAUACUUGUUUUAUAUCGACAUGGAAGGGAAUUACAGCUACAUCUGCUUGGCCAGAUGCAGCGUACAGUUAAGUUGUAAGCAACAAUCACUUGUAUAGUUUUACUUAGUUCUGCAAUGUUACUGGUUGUUACCUAGAAGGCAGUCUUUGACCAUUUUUAAAGGGAUUCUUAUGCACAAUGAAAUCUUACAAAAAGCAUGGCAUUGCUCUACAUCACAUUUGUGAACCUGUAUUGCUUCCGUUAGUUCUGUUUCUUAGGUUUGCACCAGACACUUGAGGCUUGAGUUUUAGGCUUUGUUCAUCAAUUUUAAAAUAAGGCCAAACCAAUAAAUGUAUUUAUUUAUAAUUUGUUAUUGUAUGUCUAGUCAUGAUUUUCUGUUGAUAUGAAAUAAGAUGGUGGUUCUUGUAUUUAGCUUUUAUAAAACUUGUUUUAAAAAGUGACUGAGAGAAAUGAAAAAGUGUGAUCGCUGCUGUGGUAUCUAAAUAAAAGCCUCUGACCCUUGA